CGGGGCCUCCGGAAGUGAGGACUCCGGAAUUGGUUUCCGAGCAGGAAGUUGAGCCUCCGGAUUCGGCGUCCGGGCGGGAUGACACACGUGUGCGGGGAUACGUGAGGACGCACGCAGGUCUUAGCGAGAGUGCAGCUCUCAGCGUUCCUUGACCACAGUUCCCCAGCUGGGCUCCUGAUAGCCAGUCAUGCAGCGGAGGUCAAGAGGGGUCAAUGUGGGGCUCCUGAUGCUCCUUUCUCAAGUGUUCCAUGUUGGGAUCAACAAUAUUCCACCUGUUACUCUGGCAACCUUGGCUGUCAACGUCUGGUUCUUUCUGAAUCCUUUGAAGUCCCUGUACCAUUCCUGCCUCAGUGUGGAAAAGUGUUACCACCAAAAAGACUGGCAGCGUUUACUGCUCUCGCCCGUGCACCAUGCAGAUGACUGGCAUUUGUAUUUCAACAUGGUGUCCAUGCUCUGGAAAGGAAUAAAGCUGGAGAGAAGACUGGGAAGUAGAUGGUUUGCCUACGUCGUCACUACAUUCUCCCUACUCACGGGGGUGGUGUAUUUACUCCUCCAGUUCGCCGUUGCUGAACUCAUGAAUCAGCCUGACUUCAGAAGGAACUGUGCCGUCGGUUUCUCAGGAGUUUUGUUUGCCUUGAAAGUUCUUAACAACCAUUACUGCCCCGGAGGCUUUGUCAACAUCUUGGGCUUUCCUGUCCCCAACAGAUUUGCUUGUUGGGCAGAGCUGGUGGCCAUUCACUUCUGCACUCCAGGGGCUUCCUUUGCUGGGCAUCUGGCCGGCAUUCUCGUUGGACUGAUGUACACACGGGGGCCUCUGAAGAAAGCCAUGGAAACGUGUGCAGGCAUCUUUUCCUCCAGUGUUGAGUAUCCAAGACAGCAGUACCACUUUAACGGUGCAGGCCCCUCUGGAUAUCAGAAUCACUACGGAGGUGGCAGAGCAGGGGUCUAUGGAGAAGGUCAUAGGAACUAUGAUGUCUACACAGCAGGACUAAGCGAGGAGGAGCAGCUGGAGAGAGCAUUGAGAGACAGCCUCCGGGACCAAGGAAAUACCAGACAUGGUCCAGCACCGUAUGGGUUCCGUCUCACGCCAGAAGAAGAAAUGAGGAGACAGCGUCUUCACAGAUUUGAUGGCCACUGAUGUGGCGCCAUGCCUGGGAAGCCACGGUCCAGCUGUGUGACCAUAGCCCGUUCAGUUUACUCCCCAUGCCCCUGAUUGGUUUUAAACAAAAGCAGAGCACACCAUUGUUGGUGCAGAUAACUCAUGUCUGCCAUGAAAAGUCACUCCACGGCCCCCAUGUGUUCAGACUCACAAGCCCAGUUGACAUGUCUGGAAACCAGGCUUGACCCAGGAAGGGCACAACUUUCCCCAGGUGGCCUGUCUGUGAUCUCACCUGUUCAGUUGGGACCAAUUUCCACUUUUCUCUGCUUUCCUCCAGACUCAGUGGUACAUCCACAUUGGGGUUGAAGACUAUGUGACCUUGAUAAAAAGUUGUUUGUUUGUUUUUUUAUCAUUUUUAUUUUAUUUUACCAGGCGAAAGCAUUCACCGUCACUCUGUCUGGUAUCCUAUGCCAGGUGCUUGGCUUGGCAGGAGGGGCAGCGUCACCCCCGGUCCUGCUGACAUAUUUCCAUGAUGGUGUGGAAAGAGGAUGUUUCCAGGAUGUUCUGUUCUCUUUCAUUCAGGCCCCUCAGGGUGCUCAGGCCGCUGGGUCUGCUCGGUGAUCACAACUCCAGCUGUGUUCUGCAUGCAGCAUGCCUGACUGGAGGGGAAUAAGAAAGAUCUAAAGUGGGGGGAGAACCUGCUUAUUCAUCAGAUUUCACGUGGCACCAGCAAUUUAGGUUCACAGCCAGCACCCCAGGCGCGGGAGACGAGGCCUGUUUAACUGUUCCUGCAGAGCAUUGGCAGGUGCCACACGGACAGCGAAGGGAGGUUGUUCCAUGGAUUUCUCGCUGGGAAUCCCUCUUGCAGGAAGUAUUUUUUAUCCUCACAAAAGUGCCUUUCCAUUGGCCACUGUGCCUGCUAUUUGUCAUAAACAAAUGUCCAAAAAAUGCCCCAGGGAACUGCAGUGUUUAAUGCACAGAUUGUCAGCGUCACUGAAGGCAUUUCCCUUGGUUGUGUUCUGAGAAUAAAAGGACAGAGACAGAAUAUCCUGCUGCCUUACUGUCAUGGAGCGUUUAGUUCAAAGGGAGUUUGGAGCAACAACUAGCGUUCCUCCUUUACUCACCAUUCUGUGUGGUGUCUGAUUAUAAAAGCUGUAGACAGGCUUUCUUACGCAAAAUGCAAACAUCUGGAAAAGAAUACUAACUGUUAAUGCAGAUUAGCCUUGUUGGGGGAGCAUGUGGAACCUGACUUUCUUUGUUUACAGUUUUAUAUUUUUUUAAAGUAUGUAUGUGAGUGUGUGUUGCCUUCAGAAGAUGAAUUAAUAUACUAAAUCAAGAAACAUGUAACCAGCAAAACAAACUUCAAGCUAGGUUCUCUAUGUUCAUUAUGAAAAUUUACAAGUCAGACGUGGUGUCGUACACCUUUGAUCCCAGCACUCAGAAUCCAGGGGUAGGGGGAUCUCUGAGUUCAGAGCCAACCUGAUCUACAUGUGGAGUUCUAAGCCAGCCAGAAUAUACACACACACCACACCAUACACACACACCUAUACACCAACGAAAGAGGGAGGAAAGGAAGGCGGGAGGAGAUGAAGGAAAGAAGGUAUGAAAUUCACAGUAUAUAAAUAAAACUACAAACCAGUGUUCAGCGCUAAAAUGAGCUGGUGCCCAGGGUUGACAUUUUGAGUCUAUUAACGUCCUGGUUUUCUAUUGUCUGCAUUUGACACAUCUGGUGCGUUCCAGCUGUGCAGCUCCAUAGUUGUUCAUGUGAAUCCACCUGGAAUGCCUUUGACGCUUGCAUAUAAAUGAGCUAAGCAAAUUUUCAAAGUCUGAGAGCUUUUGGACAGGCGAUCCAGACAGUGGUGCCUGAGCCCCUUCGUUUGAUUUGGUGUAAAGCCAUAGCUAGUUGAUGCUAUGAAUUACGCCCAUGAGCCUGGCGCCUUCAAACACAUUUAAAUUAUAAUGGUCAAACUAAAUUAUUCCUGUCUCCCAAGCUGUACAGUCACCUUCCAUACCAUGAUGAGAACUAAGCUCUACCCUAUUUGUCAUCCUUCGCUCACUCCUGGAAAUUCUGCCCUAACACUCUGAGAUACUAGUAUUGUUUGUGCAGACCUACAUGAAAUCAUGCCUGUGUGGUGGUGUGGUUCCAAGUGACUCUAGAACAAGGCCUGACACUUAACCUUCCCUCACCUUCCCUGUCUCCCUCACUCCAUACUCGAAGGCCCAUUAACUGUUGUUUUCCAACCAAAGUUAUUUUCAAUUGUAUUCGAAUCACACCAGCUUGUAUGUGUAGCUUUAGCCCAGUGAUAGUGCCUGCUUGUUGCGUUUGACUUGUUGGACACAAAGACUAUGAAAUCCCGGUUUGGGGUGGUAUAGCUCUAAUAUGCACUUUUUCUAUAUUUAUGAAGUGGGAUGUCACCAAAUGUUUAUAACAGAUGUGGGGGAGGAUCAUUCUGGUGAUAAAUGAAAACCAAAUGUCUUUCAGAAUAAAGAUGUUCUGGAUGUUACAAUAA